AUAUAUAUAUUCGCAUUACUCACAUUGUCAUGGGUACAUUUGUGUUGUCCUCUGGAAGUGUGUUGUGCACAGAAAAAACUAACUUCUAAUUGUAAAGUUCGCACAAAAUCAACGCGGCUCAGUGUGGCAACUCUGCCCGUUUUUUUUUUCUUUUUCUUUUCUCAUCGCUGUUAUUAACAGCAACGAAAGAUGAUUAAACAAAGAGCAUGCACAAUAAAUUGCAGAACAAAUGUGAGCUGCUCGCUGCUAGCAACAAAACUAAAUAAAACAUACAAUAAUUAAAGUGUAUGUCAGAAGAUGACAACCUAAAAUUGUGACGUAUGGGGUAGUAAUACAAGCACGCAGGUGGCAAUCAGGCAACAGGCAAAAAGCAAAUUGUAAAACACAAUAAAUAUACAUAUGUAAUUAUGUAUGUAUGUACGUAUGUCUUAAAGUACUGACGACAGAGCAGAAGGUGUCGCCAAAUCGAAUCGAAACAAGCAAACCAAAAAAAGAAUUGUAUAUUUUGUGUAUAGAUCAACAAACGCCGCAAGUGAAGUCCGACUCUGACUGGGCAAAAAACGACAUGUCUGCGGCACGCUUACCGUAUUAUCAGCAGCAGCCGGAGGAGGAGCAGCAACUGCAACAGCAACAACAACAGCAGCAGCAGCGCAAUCGGCGCAGCGUCAGCCGUGGACGCGGCACCCAGCGUGGUGUCAAUGGUGGCUAUCAUGAGCGCAGCAAUCGACGCGAACGUAGCCGUUCCGUUGAGCGUGGCAGGCGGUACAGUCGCAGUCGCUCCGUGGAGCGCCAGCGGCGACGACAUAGCCGUGAUCGGGAGCGGCGUCAUCAGCAGCAUCGUCACCACAACCACAACACAAGAGAUUCACGUGAUCGCUCCUGGGAGCGGGAAAAAGAACGGGAGCGGGACCGUGAGAGGGACUACUCCAGACGCAGCAGCUAUUAUCAGCGGGAUAGUCGCAGUCGUUCCACAACGCCGCCCUCGCGACGUCAACAGCAGCAACAGCAGUCGCAUGGCAGCAAACAGAGCAGAGGUGCAGGUGGUGGAGGAGGAGGAGGGAUAAUGGAAGACAGCAUGGAUGAAGUGCGCAUGCCGUUACCAUCAGCAAAUGCAUCUGGCAAAUGCAACGACAAGGCCAUGUCUGCUGUGGGCGCCUAUUACAAUCUGGAUACGGAUGAGCCCUUCGACAAGGAGCGCAUACAUCGCGAGAUCGAGGAGAAGCUGCGCGAGACUCUCGCUCGCGACGGUAAAGUAUAUCCGCCGCCCAAGCCAGAGGCAUCGCAUCCAGUGUUCGCCAACGAUGGCUCCUUCAUGGAACUGUUCAAGAAAAUGCAAGAGGAGCAACAGCGACCACAGUAUCAGUCUCCGCAGAUGCAGCAGUUGCAAUUGGAUGCCGCAACACAGCAACAGUUGGAUAAUUCAGCAUCAGUUAAUGUGUUUGGUGCACUGCCAGCCAUUGCCGCCGGCGCGGCCAGUAGCCCGGCUGCUCCCUAUAUUGCGGCCGCGGCGGCUGGCAAAUCGGCGCCGCCGCCGCCAAUGGUGGGGCGUCGUCGUGGUGGAAAGAUAUUGAAAACGGGCGUUGUGGCCAAGCUGAAGACGCCCAAUGAGCGAGAUGUGGAUCCCAAGGAUUUCUGGUCGCUCUAUCUGGCUGAAGUGAACAAGUACAAGAGCAAUGCCUGCGAUACGGACAACGGCAAGCGUCCACUGGUCAAAUAGGAGCAGCAGGAACACAUGCACACACACACACACACACACACACACACACACACACACACACA